GCACGUUAUGCUCAAUUAAAUUUUGUCAACAGCAAUACUGCGCACCAAAAACAAGCCGAGUAUCUCGAUCAUCUGGUUGCAACUCAAGUUCCCAACGUCGAGAUGAGUCAGUCCGAACGCGACGAAAAGGACGAACUACGGCUUGCUCUUCAAAAGGUGUGCCAGCAGGUGUGCGCAUCCAAUCCUAACCUUCCCAAGGUGUCAUUGGAAUGCUUUGGUAGCUUCCAAUCAGGCUUUGCGAGCGCAGGAUCUGAUAUGGACCUCGUGAUUGUUGUGCAGGAUCAAGGCCCAGCAGACGCUAUCUUUUCAAUGCUCGAAGAUGGCUUGCCCAGAUCGCUCGAGAAGGAACUCCUGCGAGCGGGCUUCGGCGCUCGCCUCCUUACGCGCACUCGAGUACCGAUUAUCAAGAUCUGCCAGAGUCCAGGUGGCAGUCUACUGGACAAGCUUCGUGAGGAGCGCGAGAAGUGGGAUUCUCUUCCGCACGAGCAGAAGUACCCUCACUUGUACAAAGAAGACGAUACUCAAGUUGGUGAAAAUGCCCUCGUGCAGGGCGAAGACGGCAUAGUCUCCAUCCCCCAGCCGGGUCCAGAGCCUACUGCAUCGCCUGCAGCUCAUGUUACUGUCCCGACGACGACAGCCUUGCACGGAGAACUGUCCGCGCCGGUUCAAGUCGCAAGUGUGGAUGGUGUAACGCAUGGGGCAAAAUCGGUUGACGAAGUCGACAUACACAACAACUCACAUCCUGUACAAGCCCGGCGCGAUCAGCAGAAGUCAUGGACGCGAGAACGCAAGGCAGGCCCACUUGACUUUCCAAAAGACGGCAUUGGAAUACAAUGCGACAUCAACUUCUCCAACCCAUUAGGUCUUCACAACACACAGAUGCUGCGCUGCUACUCGAAGUGUGAUCCUCGUGUCCGACCUAUCGUCUUAUUCAUGAAGUCAUGGGCGAAACAGCGCAAGAUCAACAGCUCCUACUCCGGCACGCUUUCUAGCUAUGGCUAUGUGCUUAUGGUACUCCACUACUUGAUCAACGUGGUUCGACCGCCGGUUCUGCCAAACCUCCAAAUGCAAUGGCGCCCGCAUACUCAUUGCACUCCGCCUGGUCGCACAAGAAUGGAAGUUGAUGGCUGGGUUGUCGAUUUCUGGCGCAACGAGAAUGAGAUUGAAUCUGCACUGCGCAACGGACAAAUGAGUGCAAACAGUGAUUCCAUUGGCUCUCUGCUGGCGGGCUUGUUUCAAUACUACUCUUCAAUGGGCAAUGGCCCUCAAUUCCGCUGGACACAACAAGUUUUAUCGUUGCGUACACCGGGCGGAGUACUCACCAAAGGUGCAAAGGGAUGGGUCAAAGCCACAACAGAGGAAGGUGAAGGCAAGAGGAUUCAACACCGUUACCUGUUCUGCAUCGAGGAUCCAUUCGAGCACAGCCAUAACGUUGCUAGGACUGUGACGCAUAACGGAAUUGUUGCGAUUCGAGACGAGUUCCGCCGCGCAUACCGCAUCCUCAAUGCUGUGGCACAGAAUGACCAGCUGAAUGGAGCUCAGGGUCCCCCCUCCCCAGAGGGCGACCUGUUCGAUAAGUUGCUUGAGGACGACGAAGAAAUGAUAGAAGUUGAGAAACGCGACAUGGAGAUUUUAGGCGUAAACAAGAUCGUACGCGAGGACGAGGGAGAUGUAGCGGAUCAGAAAGACCCUCGUCAUGGCUCCGCGUCUACGCGGCGCAAGAACGGCAAGCGAGACAAUUCUCAGCAACGAAAGAACGGUCUGCCUCUGUCGCAGCCUAAUAAGCAGCUUGACGUUGCGGACCAAGAGGCAUUCCCAAGCCUGGGUGCAGCAAAAGGCAGUUCCAGGAGAAAGAAGAGCUCGAGUGCGAGCAACUUCAACGAGAUUUCGGGCAACCAGGCACAAGAGUAUCUCGAAGAGUUUCGUCGCAAGAAGGUAGAAGAACAGGCCGAGCGCACUGCGUAUGGCGCUGCGGAGUCCGUGUUGAACGGACUUGACUGAGAGAACAGUUUGCACACAGACGCGUGUCGGGAAGUGCUGAUGAGGAGUUCACAACCUUUGCGUGAUGGCUACCAUGAUUGCUAAGUUAGCACAAGGCAUGGUGGACAGAAAAAUAAGCUUCGCUCAUUCAGGAUGGCGCGUGAGCCCUGCCCAUCCCCGGCAGCGUCGCUGCAAAGUAGUACAUACAGGUACACUGCCAGCUCGUUAUCAGCCGAACAAUCUCGUAUUUGCCCACACGAGCUUUAUUACUUUGUCGCAAAUGCUGAUAUAUUUGUCCAGUCGCCAUCGGCCGUGUCCGAAGCACUCGAGACGACACCUCUUCGGUGCGAGCAAGAGAGGGGAAGGUGAUCGGUUAGUGUGACGACUUCUCGGAAGCUACUCACGGUCUGGCGCGAUAUCCGUCUUGGAAUUCUUGGUAUAGUGCCAAGGUCAACCUGGGCUUGGGGCCUGCCCGAGUCGGCCUAGUGUUUCGCUCGCCUUCCACAUCCCACUGGACUAUUGUUUAUCGACUUCACGUGCAAAGGCACAAGUCGAUGCCACACACACUUUGUUAUCAAUCGCCUGUCCAUCCACCUCCCUUAGUCUGUGCAUCUCAAGCGGCAUCAGUCACCUUCGAGCGUCCACGCUAGGACAUUGCCAAGCAGAAUAUACACACAUGGCGGCUCCAGACAGUAUCGGAACUUCUAACUCUAUACUAGCAGCAUUUCGGUGGCGACCUUCUGCUAUCUCAAUCACGCAUCCAACAUCGUAUUCCGUGGAAUUGAGAGACAGUGUGCCGCGAGCAUGCCAAGUUGAUCAUACCCAACGCGGCUGAUGGUCCGCAUAUCUUUCAACUCAGGAGAGGACAUACAUACAUAUAAAAGAAGUGACCAUUAGGUGCCUGCCCUGUCGGGCAUGGUCCUUGGAUCACUUGCUCUUCCUUACAACGGCCUCGCAGCUUCGGAAGCUCACACCCACCCACUGUCUAGGCGUCAGACGACCGAUGCUCUGGAGCGUUUCAGACCUCAGCAACGAGCCGUGUACGUUGCUGGAGACAAAGAACCCGUCGUUGGCCUCGACUCUGCUCGGGCAAGAAGCCCAAUUGAAGCUGCAGAGAGCCACCUCCGAAGUGUUCAUCCAGAGGCCACGUUCCGCAGGGUCGAUGAUGCACAUACCAGCAGCAAUGGCAUCACGCACGUCUACUUCAAGCAGACUCUCAACGGUUUGGACAUCGACGACGCGGAUUUCAAUGUCAACGUUCGCUCUGACGGUACCAUCUUCUCAUACGGAGACUCGUUUUACACUGGUCCCCUGCCCGAGGCGGCUCCAGCUCCAGCUACAGUUCUCGAGCCACAGCCAUUGCUUGAGACAGUUGUUGGUGUUCUUGCACUCCCCAUCGAGCCUGCAGCAGCCGAUAUUGUAGUGCAGGAGACUGCCAGAUCAUUCACUGUCCAAGGCUUGGGUGAUGUAGUUGAGUCGCCGCCAGAUGGUCAACUUGUCUACUAUCGCAAUGCAGCAGGCGAACUCGUCUCUGCUUGGCGCCUGGAAACAGACGUCAAGGACUCCUGGCUCACUACAUAUGUGGAUGCCGAGAACGAGAAUAACGUCCUAGCAAUCACCGAUUACGUCUCUGAUGCCGAAUCGUACCAAGUCUUUGCAUGGCCGCAGAAUGACCCGAGAGACAACACGCGAACAAUUGAAGUGGAUCCGCGCGAUUUGAGAGGCAGUCCACAGGGCUGGCAUCAAGAUGAUACCAGCACGUACCAAGAGACUCGGGGCAACAACGCCAUUGCUCAGCCCAACACGGACGGAGAUGCCAGCUACCUCGACGAGCCACGUCCUCAAGGCGGGAGUAACAACGAAUACCUUGCCGAGUUUUCCGAGAGCCUCGAACCUGCAGAGUACAUUGAUGCGUCCACGAUCCAACUCUUCUACACCUCCAACUACUUCCGCGAUAUGCUGUACGUCCUCGGCUUUACUGAGGCAGCCGGAAACUUCCAGACGGACAAUUUCGGGCGUGGAGGGGUCGGCGAUGACUCCGUGAUCCUCAACACUCAAGAUGGCUCGGGUGUCAACAACGCCAACUUCGCGGCGCCUCCCGAUGGCCAAAUGGGCAGAAUGCGUAUGUAUCGCUUUGACUACACCACCCCCAACAGAGACAGUUCCUUCGACGCCGGCAUCGUCAUUCACGAAUACACCCACGGUCUUACCAUCCGCAUGACGGGCGGACCAGCCAACAGUCGAUGUCUCUCCACCUUGCAGGCCGGAGGCAUGGGAGAAGGCUGGUCGGACUUCUACGCCACUGCCGUUCGAUCCACGGGCAGUGAUACCAGAAGCACAAACUACCCGAUUGGAGAUUAUGCCAUCAAUGACGCCGGUGGAAUUCGAGCCUAUGUCUACUCGACCAGCAUGCAAACCAACCCCUACACCUACUCAUCCCUCAACUCAUUGUCAGCUGUCCACCAAUUCGGCACAGUCUGGUCCACCAUGUUGUACGAAAUGUACUGGAACCUCAUUGACACUCACGGCAACACGGACGCUCUCACUCCCUCCUUGGACGCCAAUGGAGUCCCCACGGAUGGAAAAUAUUUGACCAUGAAGCUCGUUUUGGACGCUUUGGCUUUGCAACCUUGCAACCCCACGUUUCUGCAGGCGAGAGAUGCCAUUUUGGACGCGGAUCAGGCGUUGACGAGUGGAAGCAAUCUGUGUGAUAUUUGGACGGCUUUUGCUAAACGUGGUUUGGGUGAGAAUGCUGCGGCUCCUGGUGGGGUUUAUACGGAUGAUUUUACGAUUCCGGAUGGGGUUUGUUAGAUGUCUGGAUGAUGAUGAUGUUGAUGAUUUUGAUGACGGGAUGACGGGAUGAAAGGAUAAGGUAGAGGAAGGUUUGUUCUUCUUGUUUUUUGAGGAUUGUUGUUGUUUGAUGAUAUUUUACGAACAGGUACAGGUAUAGGUACAGGUAUAGGUACAGGUAGCUAUUAGAGGUUAGAAUUGGUACGAACCUGGAAUAUAUGAUGAUGAUGAAUUUGAUGAUGAAUUUG